CAGCAUGUGAAAGGAUUGGGCAACUGGAGCGGCUACGCCAGAAAGGAACUAAAGCUAAACAGCGCAGGCAAUAAUAUUGUGGCAUGGUACGGCUCAUUUUGCGGAAAUGAUCUACCUGAAGUGGCGAACGGGACGGAGUAUCUAAACUAAUGGAGAACUUCAUGGAGAAUCCAAGUUUCGUGUUUAAAGUUGAUGAAGAGGAUUCCGCAUCAACAAAUUAAACUCUGGAUCCGUCCAAGGUUUUCGGGAAGGACACAGACUAAGGGUUAGGGUUCUAAGGGGGGGGCGCGAGCAGGUCCAGUUUUCCCACGAUGUCCCUGCACCGCUCCAUGGGGGACCUGGUUCCCCAGGACAUCGCGGAGAUCCUGGCUCGGGAGAGGCACGGCGUGAAGGGCCGGAAGCACCGGGGCGGGUCGCUGGGCCGCGCCUUCCGCUGGCUCAAAGCGCGCCGGAAGAAGAAGAGGGCGGCGGGCGGGAGCACCAACGGAAUGGCGGGACUGUCGGCGGACGGCCGGGCAGGGAAACACAGCCACCAGCACGGACACGACAUCGCCAAAGGUCUUCUUAAGCAGGAGGAGGAGAGCAGGCCCUGUCUCUCUCCACUGUACCCAGAGAAUGUUUUCAUCGACGGCAACCGGCCUCAGUUCCUGCAGGACCUGCACACCGAGGCCCAAGAGGGGCUGAAAAUCCAGCAGCAGGAGGAGAAUGGAAUGGACUACCAGGAUGACGAGAGUGUGGUUUCCACAGUGACCCUGCAGACGGGGGAUGAUGGCAGCCUGGCGGACAGCAUGAGGACACUGGGGUCCGGAGACACCGCCACCGACGCCAUGUCAACCGUUUCCGGGGUGUCGGCCGUUUCCAUGGUUUCGGGCGUCUCCGCGGUUUCCGAUGCUUCCACUGUGUCCACACGAUCCUCGCGGUCCGGGCUGACCCGACAAGGCUCAACCUUCAAACCGAUCAGCGGCAGUAAGAGGCCAGAGAGGACCAGGAGGCGCAGCAAGAGGGCCACGGUGGCGGGGAUCCCCCAGCACGUCAAGAGGGAGCUGGGGCUGGACAGAGGGCCGUGGCAGACGCAGGUGUCGCCCACGGAGGGGCCCCUGCCCAACGGCGAGGGCGUGGUGAUGCUGGUGGAGGAGGAGGAGGUGGACGCUGGGGGCACUCCGGAGAGCGUGCGGGAGCACCUGGAGCUGCUGGAGGUCCUGGAGGCGGCAGAAGAGCAGCAGCUCCAGCGCCAGCGCCUGCAGGCCCAGUACCGGGGCGACCUGGCCGUGGCCCGGUCCGCCGGCCCCCGGCUGUCCCCCCGCCGCCGGCCCAGGUCGGUGCUGGUGCCGGGCAUGAUCCCCAAGGCCCCCGCCCCGCUCCCGGCCGCGGCGGGCAGCCCGUCCGAGGCCUUCCCGCCCAGCCCCGUCAUGUACGUCUCGCCCCAGGCCACCUACCUGUCCAAGAUCAUCCCCAACGCCGUGCUGCCCGCCGACGUGGACGUGAUCGAGAUCAGCAGGAAGGGGAGGAGCCGGGGCAGCGUCCGCACGCUCAGUCGGAGCAGCCUGACGGCACCGAGCCCCGCCCUCUCCCGUGCCUCCUCCGAUUCCGACUCCUCCCACACCGUGGUGUCCGACUCCUCCACUAUAUCAUCCGGGGGCGGGCGGGGGCGAGGCCGGAAGGCCACUCAGGAGGCGGGGCGGGGUGGGGGCAUGCCCAGCCCCACCAGUCCCACCAGCCUCAUGAGCCCAGACCAGCUCAGCCUGCACAGCUCCAUCAGCUGCAGCAGCAACAUCACGUCCGUCAGCCAGCAGGGCUGGGACGACCAGGGCCCGUUCGGCCGGAGCCUCUCGGUGAAGAAGGCCAAGAAGAACCCGCCCGCCCCGCCUCGCCGAACCAACUCCCUGCACCCGAGCAAGCUCAGGCGCCGCUCUCGAGACGCUCAACUGGACGGGCCCGCCCAGUCCUCCAGCCCCGCCUACUCCGCCGAUCAGUCCCAGAUCUCCUCUUCCUCCUCCUCCUCCUCCUCUUCUGCAGUGGCCGGCCUGCCCGCCCCUGUCCAGAGUAACGGGAUCGACAUGACCCUGUCGCCCUCCAGCGGCUACGGCAGCCAGAACCCCACGCCCGCUGUGUCCCCCUACUCCAUAUACCCGCAGGCCGUCCAGCAGAGAGCCCCGCUCACCCGGCCCAAGACCUCCGCCCCCCUCGUCAUCACGUCCGCCAUCCUGGCCUUCGGGGCCCCCCCGGAGGUUCCGCCGCACCCCAGAGUGAAGGCGCCGACGCCCCCGCCCCCCGAGACCUGGAUCCACGACCAGCGGAGUUUCGACCUGCUGAUUGGGCCCUCGGCCGUCCAGAGGAACCUGUUUGUGGCCCUGCAGAAGGUCCGGCUGGACAGACAGCGGCACCCCCCAGUUGCCGGAGGGGCGCAGAAGAAGGAGCCGCCGCCGGUGAUGAAGAAGAGCGGCUUCAUCAAAACGGAGGUGCUGAGACACGCCGGCCCGCCGCCCCCCUCCUCGGCCUCGGGGCCUCAGCACCCCUCCGAAUCGGAUUCUGCCUGGCCCCUCCCCCCACCGCCCCCUGUGGAGCUGCUGCCUGGGUCGGUGUUUGACGGACAGGACGAGACCGACCUCCUCCCGCCCCCCCCUCUGCAGGAUGGAGCGGGGAGCCCCCCCGUCCCGCCCGGUGUUUGCCCCGCGCCCCCCGUGGCAACGACGCUGCUGAUAAUGGCGACCCCCACCCCGGUUACCAUGGAAACCGUGCCUCCGGCUGUCCACGCGCACCAGCAGACCCAGGAUGUCCCAGCACCUGCUGCCAUAGUGACUGCUCCCAUGACGACUGUGCCCAGUGACACCACAAAGCCUGGUUCACCAGCGCCUCAGUCCAGUAGAACAAAUAACUCCCAAGAACUUCCACCAUUAGUCAAAGAAGUCCCACCCCUUGCACAGGAAACUCUAUAUUUACUACAGGGAAUCCCUCCCCCUCCAAAGAAACCCCCACCCCCUCCUCCAGAAGCUCCGCCUGCAUUACAGCAUGCCCCACCCCCUACACAAGAAGCCACGCCCCCUCCAACGGAAGCCCAAUUUCUGCAACUGGAAAUACCUCCCCCUCCGAAAGAAGCCCCACCCCCUCCACCAGAAGCAACAAUUGUACCACAGGAAGUCCCUGCCCCUACACCAGAAGCCCCGUCCCCUCCAAAAGAAGCUCCACCUGUACUACUCAAAGUCCUGCCCCCUUCACAGGAAGUCCCACCUGUACUACAAGAAGCCCCACCCCCUCCAACAGAAGCCCCAUUUGUGCUACAGGAAAUCCCGCCCCCUCCAAAAGAAGCCCCGCCCGCUCCACCAGAAGUCCUACCGGCACCACAGGAAGUCCCACCUGCACCACAGGACGUCCCACCGGCACCACAGGAAGUCCCACCUGCACCACAGGAAGUCCCACCUGCACCACUGGAAGUCCCACCUGCACCACUGGAAGUCCCACCUGCACCACAGGAAGUCCCACCUGCACCACAGGAAGUCCCACCUGCACCACAGGAAGUCCCACCUGCACCACAGGAAGUCCCACCUGCCCCACUGGAAGUCCCACCUGCCCCACUGGAAGUCCCACCUGCCCCACUGGAAGUCCCACCUGCACCACAGGAGGUCCCACCUGCACCACAGGAAGUCCCGCCUGCCCCACUGGAAGUCCCACCUGCCCCACUGGAAGUCCCACCUGCCCCACUGGAAGCUCCACCUGCACCACAGGAGGUCCCACCUGUAGCACAGGAAGUCCUGUCACCCCCACAGGAAGCUCCACCUGCACCUCAGGAGGUCCCACCUGUAGCACAGGAAGUCCUGUCACCCCCACAGGAAGCUCCACCUGUACUACAGGAAGUCAAGGCCCCUCCACAGGAAGCUUCAUCCAUACCUGAGGAAGUCCUGCCCCCUCCACAGGAAGUCAAGGUCCCUCCACAGGAAGUCCUGCCCCCUCCACAGGAAGUUGCACCUGUUCCACCGGAAGUCCUGCCACCUCCACAGGAAGUCACACCUGUACCACAGGAAGUCCUGCCUUCUGCACAGGAAGUGCCACCUGCUCCACAGGAAGUCCAAACUUCUGUCCUCGCUGUGCCCACUGUGGCCCCGCCCCCUCCCCCUGUGGAGGAGCAGACCCCGCCCACCUGUCCAGCAGAUUCUGGCCCAGCCAAUCAGGAGGCUCCGAGCGUAGCGCCACAGCCAAAGAGCAGUCCCACACCGAAGCGGGACCCCUGCGUUCCCAUGACGACAUCGGCCCUGCUGCAGCUGGUCCGCAUGCGAGCCAGCGAGCCCAGGGACACUGGGGAGCAACCGGGCCAGAACCAGAACCAGAACCAGGCUGACGGACAGGGCGCCGUUCCGAGGCCCGAAACCCUGCCUCUAACAGCUCCGCCCCCCGCCGUGAAGUACCCACCUCCCUCCACUGGCCCCGCCCCCUCCAUGAGGCUCCAGGAGGCCAUCCGCAUGAAGACAGCCGCCAUGUCCCGAGUGGGCUCCCGAUCCCCCCGCUCCCCCCGCUCCCCCUCCCCCUCCCCCUCCUCGCCCUCCCCCUCCUCGCCCUCCCCGUCCUCACCCUCCACCGCCUGCACCGCCAGCUUCAUCUUCGCCAAGAGCAGCCGAAAGGUCGUCAUCGAGACGCCCUCGUCCCCCAAGGCGCGGGCGGGGCUGAAGGCCAACCUCGCGGCCGAGCUGGCGCGCGUCUCCGCUCCCGCCAAAACCGCCAAGGUCCCGCCCCCCGUGGCCAAGAAGCCUGGCCAGAGCGCGGCCGCCGGCCGGGAGCCGCCCGUCGCCCCGGCGACGGAAGCGCAGCAGAGACGGGACGGUGUAACGCCCGCGGUGGCCGACGACGGCGGCGGGAACACACCCCGGGCCACGGAGACGCCGACGGAGCCGGAGCAGACGAGGGAGAACGGCGAAUCGCCCGACGCCAGUCCAGGUGGCGCCCAGUCUCCAAAUACAGAUCAAGUGUCCCUAUCUCCACCCCCUUGAUCAGUGGACUGACCAAUCAGAGCUGUGGGACUUGGCCUCUCAUUGGCCAAUCGAGAGGAAGAUUAAUUGAGUGGAAUUGUCGAGAGGGAGAAGAAGAAAGUGAGAGAAAGUGAGAGAAUGUGAGAUGGAUGGAGAGAGAGAGAGGGAGAAGAAGAAGAGAAAGAUUCCCCAAAGAAAAAUAAGUGGAACCACUGGAAGAUAGAAAGCAAGAAGUCUUAAGAAGACUCAGUAGCCUUAUAACGGCCUUUGUGUUUAUGCAAGAAAGGUGUUGGUCUUUAAUUUCUCUUAAAGUUACAGCUUCUUUGAGUAUUUUUCUCAAUUUCAGAAAGACUUUACUCUGGCUGCUGCUGAAAGCCAUAGCCUCUUGCACAGGGAGGACCAAACGUUUUGUCUCUGAGGAGUUUUGCCGAAUUCACAGGCAGUGGGCACAAGGUUUCUCUCUAGUGGUCAAAGAGGGAGAUGACCACCAAAACUAGGUUCAGGUGUGCCUGCCGCUUUGUGUAUAAAAACUGGAGACUUAAAAUGUGCACUAUUCUUUCAUCUAGUUGUUCUGUUCAUUUUGAAAUCAUCACUGUCAUCACAAAUGAAACUCAUUUCCCCCCAAAUGUCACGUAAACCAUCCACUCCAUGUGGAAACAAUUUUUUUUUUGUUGUAUUUUCUUUAUUAUUUUACGUUAGUGGUCUGUUUUUGUGUCGGUAGGAGUAGCCUACUUCUGCUGGGGAAUCUGCCAUUCACUACAAUGAAAUGAGUAUAUUUAGAGAGCUAAGCUAACAAAAGCACUUUGUGAGGUAAAAUAAACCGCGCCUUGUCUUUUAAUUGUUGUUUUUCUAUAAUUCUUUAAGGAAAUGUAAUGGGGCGGUCAUUUUGAGACUUGUAUUAUAUUUUAUAUAUAUGUGGACUGGAGCUGCUGGUCAUCUAAAGCGCUGUGGUAUGGGGGCUGCAUGGCUUUAAAACUCUGUUCUUGUUGAGAUAUCGUGCAGU